GUCUUUCCAUUAUAUUGCAAAGGAUAGCCAUAUCGACGUCUCCCAAUAGAAAGGUUGCAUUGCUAAGAAAGGGUUGCUAGUACCCUAACAUUUCUGCUUUACAGAAGCAUCGCAUUAAGGACGAGAAAGGAUGUUAAAACAACAUGCUAAUGUUGUCCCCAACGACCUUCCCACUCUUCUGGAAGGAUUUUCUAAAGCAGCAUUGAAGAAAAGACCUAGUAAUCUUGGAUUAUUUGCCUGGUACUACUUCACGGAGUUGAUGAAAUAUAAAACCGAAAAUGAAGCAUUUGACCUUAGAAAACUUGUGCGAGAAUUCCACAAGAAUAUGGCUGAUCGAAUAAGUGGGGAUGGGUUUGAGGAGGAGCUCAAGAAAGAGGGGUAUAAGGUCACCUCGAAUGUUGACCAUGAAUAUAAUGAACUUUGCAUCACUGGAGAAGUAGACUUGCUUUCAUGGGGGCAUCGAUGUGAUGACACCAACAACAAGAACGGACCAAAAUCAAAUGCACCACCAACUGCACGACCAAACUCUUCAGUCAAGAGUAAUAAUUCUGGACGGGCUGCCGGAGACACCAAGCAGAAGGUUCACCCAGAGGGCAACCAAAAACCUAGAGCUGAGCCUUCGUGUCUUGCAGAGCAGUUCAAAAUUAUCAAAGGAAUAGAUGCCAGUGCCCAGUCUAAAAUGCUGAAUGCUUUGUUAGUUAAAGAGGCUAAUCUGAUUACUCAAGUGCAAAGCCAAGUGAAAUCAGUCCCAUUAUGUCCCACUAGUUCUUUGCCAAUACAAAAAGCAACUGACAUGAGGACAAGACCUCCAGAAGCUCCAAAAAAGGCUACGAAUCCAGGGUCAAAAGGCACCACCACCACUUACGCUUGUGUCCAUCCACUCAGAGAUCCCCCAAUGAAUCACAUAAACACCAGUGCACAGCAUGAAGUGAAACCUUCCGCUUGUUCCACAACGAUGGCCGCCCAGACCAAUCCAAGUGGUACCACAACAGACGCUGCCACAGAGCAUCUCUCCGCUCAGCUGAGGGACAGUUCUUUGGGCGCCAGCGACGGCCCCACGGAGGACAGAAAGAGGUGGGCCUCAUAUGAGAGCAGAGAUGGGGCCAGGUGCCCCCCUCCCCCUAACAGUGCUCAGUCUCAGUCUCAUCUACAGCAGCAGCCUGAAACUCGUACUGGCCCGGCUAGAACACUCUGGUACCAGCCAUCUGGAGCCUACUACUACCAACCUCCCCCUCCCCCUGUCUAUGGGCCCUCCUAUGGGUGGUAUCCUCCGGGGACCACAUGGGUCCCUCCUCAAACACAUUUGUCCUCUUACCAGUUUUGCCCCCCUCAGAGGCCCCCCUGGUGUACUUCUUGUUCGGGUUCCAUGCAGCCUAAUAUGGGACGGGGUGAACCAGCGAUGUCCAGGAGCAGUCAUGGUGCCCCACCUGGCUAUUCUCUGAGGGCAUGUGCUCACAGCCAAGUGGCAUUUGUUCUAUGCCAAAAUACCCCCAAUAGUCCUAACUCCACCAGUGCCCCUCACCCUGUCCUAUUACCCUUGGAGCAACAAGCCCCCUCAGGAUGCCCCAGGUCCCUUUACCCCCCUGCAUUUGGCUCUGCUUCAUAUUACCCUGGACCCAUGCUUCAGAGGGAGGGUGGAAUGCCAACAUCUAUUGCACCAAACAGGAGCCCAUACAAUCCAAAUUAUCACAUCCUUCCCCAGUUUAAUCAGCAGUUUUUCUUACAGAUCUAGUAUGCAGAGAUGGAUUCAGAAGAUUGUAAGAAGACAACUAGAUAAAGACUCUUCUAAUUAAUAAAGUAUUUUAUGGUGGACACCA